AUGAGCAGGAUGGAUCGGCGACUCGAAGGACGGCCGCCUGCGCCUCGCCAAUUGUCCUUCCGUGUCCCUUGUUACGAGGUGCACCAAGUGUCCGGUGGUGCACGUGGAUUGCCCCCGCGCGCACCUCGUCUCGCCAGCUUGCGGAGCGCGGCGGGGCUCCUUGCUGGUUCUGGUGCUCACCCUGGCGGACCUUGUCUUUGUGGACCAGACAGCGCAGCGCCGGCCCCAGUGGUGCCCAUGACUCCGCAGAUCAGCCCCCAGCCCCCCCCACACAAAGGCCUGCCCGCGCAGCACCCCGCCCCGCCGCGCGCCAGCCAGCCGGCUGCCAAUGGCGUCCUCUCUGCGGGCCUGUCUGCCCGGGGGCAGGGCGGCGGAGCGGCAGGGCGUGGUGCAGAGUCGCGGUCGGAUGGUGGCAGCAGUGAGGGAGGGGAGGCGGGGUACGAGAGCGAGGGCAGCGAGGACGAGGGCAGCGAGGAGUACUGCAAGGGGGGGUACCACCCGGUGCGGCUGGGCGACGUGUACAAGGAGGGGCGCUACUGCGUGGAGCGCAAGCUGGGGUGGGGCCACUUCAGCACGGUGUGGCUCGCGCGCGACGCCGCCGCGGGCGGGCGCCGCGUGGCGCUCAAGAUCCAGAAGAGCGCGCGGCACUACACGGAGGCGGCCAUGGACGAGAUUGCGCUGCUGCGCCAGGUGGCGGAGGGCGACCGCGGGGACACGCGCGGGGUGGUGAAGCUGCUGGACUGGUUCAAGCACGCGGGGCCGCACGGGCAGCAUGUCUGCAUGGUGUUUGAGUACCUGGGCGACAACCUGCUGACGCUCAUCAAGCGGUACCGCUACCGUGGGCUGCCCCUGCCCAUGGUGCGCCAGCUCAGCCGCCACAUCCUGGCCGGCCUCGACUACCUGCACCGCGAGUGCCAGAUCAUCCACACGGACCUGAAGCCCGAGAACGUGCUCCUGGUGGCCCCCAUUGACCCUGACGCAGGGGCCGACCAGACUGCGCGCCACCACAACCAGGCCACCCUGGCGGGCCACGCCGCCCCGCGCCAGGAUGCGCAGCGCACCCCUGUCAGCGGAGCAGCCGCCAAGGAGGGGGCCGCGGCACAGGAGGGGGCGCUCACCAAGAACCAGAAGAAGAAGCUGAAGCGGAAACAGAAGAAGCGCGGCGCGGGGGGGGGCGCAGACAAGGGGGGCAGUGAUGCCGACAGCGAGGCGGAGGGGCCGGACACGGGAGAGGGGGGGACGGACGAGGAGCAGCAGGCCGCCAAGGUGCCCUGCUACGGGCCAGCAGGCGCAGGCGCAGCGCAGCAGCAAGAGAGGCCGCCCACGGCGGGGGGGGCGGAAAGCAGAGGGGACUGGGCCGCGCAAGCGCCGGAGCCGGCAGGGGCUGUGGGCGGGGGACCUCCCGGGGCGCCGGCUGCGGGGGCGCCUGGGCCGGCCCAAGAGCACGUUGUCGCCAGAAGCAAUGGGCCGGGGAGCGCGCGAGGGGAGGGCGCCAGUAGCAGCGGCGCGGCUGCGAGCCGGCGCGCGCGCGAGCGCACGGACGCGGCGUGGGAGGCGUGGAAGCGGUGUGCGGACCUGCGGUGCAAGAUUGUGGACCUGGGGAACGCGUGCUGGACGUACAAGCAAUUCACGAGCGAGAUCCAGACGCGGCAGUACCGCUGCCCCGAGGUGCUGCUGGGGAGCAAGUACAGCACGCCCGCCGACAUGUGGUCCUUCGCGUGCAUCGUGUUCGAGCUGGCCACGGGGGACGUGCUCUUCGACCCGCGCAGCGGGCGCGAGUACGACCGCGACGAGGACCACCUGGCGCUGAUGAUGGAGUUGUGCGGGCGCAUCCCGCGCAAGACGGCGCUCAGCGGCAAGUACUCGCGCGACUUCUUCAACAAGCAUGGCGAGCUGCGCCACAUCAAGCGCCUGCGCUUCUGGCCGCUCGAGAAGGUGCUCGUGGACAAGUACAAGUUGGGGGAGGCGGAGGCCCGCGCCAUGGCCGACUUCCUCAACCCGCUGCUCGAGUUUGUCCCGGAGAAGAGGGCCACCGCCCGGGAGGCCCUCAUGCACCCGUGGCUGCAAGGGGACGGCGGCCUGAGGGCGCCACAAGCUCUGCACGAACAUGCAAACGGGGAUGGCACGCAAGAAGUUGAUGACCGGACUCUCGACCGGGCGGAACGAGUAGAAGGCGGGCUGGGUGCUCUGCGGUUGAAAAGUUUGGAAAAAUGAUAUAUUACCAUUCCAUCAAAAAUGCCCGGCCAAAUCUUUUUGCUUGCAAUGAUGGUAGUAACGCGAAAGGCUGGUCUCCAAAUGCAUGUUCUUAUUGAUCCUCUUG